AUGGCUGAGGGGGUCGAGGAGGUGGGAACCGUAAUGCUUGACUAUUAUUGGGGGUUGUUUACGUCGCAGCCGGGGGAUGACUCUGAAGUUAUUGCAUUUCUUUCUUCACUUGUGACACCUUUGGAAAAUGAAGUUUUGGAACGGCCGAAACCCAUGCCAGAGUCAAUGAAGGACCUGCGGCCGAUUGCUUUGUGCAACGUUUUGUAUAAGGUUGCAGCCAAGGUAUGUGCGAACUGGAUGAAACCCCUUCUGGAAAAUAUUAUUGCCAAGGCUCAGAGUGCUUUCGUACCUGGGCGCCUAAUAACUGAUAAUAUAAUGUUAGCGUUUGAGGUACACCAUUAUCUGAAGAGGAAAACACAGGGCUGUGAUGGGGUAGCUGCGUUGAAGAUUGACAUGUCUAAAGCUUAUGAUAGAUUUGAGUGGAGGUUCCUACGUGCGGUGAUGUUGAGACUGGAUUUCAGUGAUAAAUGGGUAAAUAUCAUCAUGGAGACAGUGAGUGGUGUAAAGUACCACAUUUUGCACGAACAGAGACAGUUAGGGCCGAUAGUGCCAGGCCGAGGGCUACGCCAGGGUGACCCGUUAUCCCCAUACAUGUUCUUGAUGGUUGUGGAGGGAUUGAGUGCUUUAAUUGAUGACCGAAUGAGGAGGAAUGCUGCAUGGAGUGCGGGUAGCAAGGGGGCACCAGUGAUAUCUCACCUUUUGUUCGCAGACGAUUGUUUCCUCUUUAUGCGGGCGGACACCGUGGAGAGUAUUAAUAUGAAAGAUGUUCUGGAUGUAUAUGCAGAGGCUUCGGGGCAGGUGGUUAAUUUUGAUAAGUCCAUGGUGUGCUUUAGUAGUAAUACAAGUCAGGCAGGUAAAAAUGCAGUAAUGAACACUCUAGGAGUCCGACAGGGAGACACAACGGAGAGAUAUUUGGGGUUGCCAUCAUUAGUUGGGAGGAACAAAAAAUCUAUUCUGGGGUUUGUUAAGGACCGUGUUUUGGCACGGGUCAGAGGCUGGAAUACCAGGGAGAUUGAAGUUAUCCUAAAUCAGUAUUGGUGGACAGGGAAGGUAGUCGGGAAUAAUGGAAUACGGUGGAAGGCUUGGAGUGCGUUAUGUAGACCCAAGUCUAAGGGUGGACUGGGGUACAUGACUCUGAGAGAGAUGAAUUUGGCACUUCUAGGCAAGCAGGCUUGGCGCCUUCUAACGAGGCCGAACUCGUUGGUUGCCCGGGUCUAUAAAAGCAGGUAUUACCCGCGUUUGAGCUUUAUGGAAGCGGGGGUUGGCCAUAAUCCAUCAUACAUAUGGCGAAGUAUUGUUGAGGCAAAUAAUGCAAUCAAACAGUGGUACCGACGGAGCAUUGGAGACGGGAGGACUACGAGUAUUGGAGAAGCACCGUGGUUGGUGAUGGCGGAGGAUCCAUAUGUGACAACACACUUGCAUGAAACCGUUAGAGUGGCCCCGGUAAGCUCGUUAAUGAAUGGUGCUGAGACUGGUUGGGAUCGUGCUUGUGUCUUGGAUCUCUUUAAUGUCAGGGAUGCAAGCUAUAUUCUAAAUAUGCCGGUGCCGGCUAGGGUGAAGGUGUUUGCAUGGCAGUUUGCUAAUAGUAUACUGCCAACGAGGGAGGCUCUUGCGGCGAAACGGGUGGCCUGUAUGGUUGUUUUCCAUAUGUGUGGAGGGGCGGAUGAGACGGACUCGCAUUUGUUUCGGGAUUGUCUCCAUGCCCGAGCAGUCUGGAUUGCGGUUCAGUUGCCAACACUAACGCAUGGCCAAGAAAUGCAAGUGUUUGACGAGGUGUGCAGUUUGAUAAGGACCAAGUCUCACGGCAGGCGUUGUGUUACUGGCAUAAUUGGAGGGGGGUGCAGGAGGAUGUUGCAGGGCACCGGGGGAAUCAGUACGGGAAUGGGGGAUGUGGAUGUGGAGACAGAUUCACAACUAUGUAUUAAUGCUCUGAACUCUGAUUCUUUUUUUACUGCUUUUGGUUUUUUAGUAGAUGAUGUAAAGCAUGUAGUCUCUUUGUUGAAUGGGGUUAGCUUUAGAUAUGCCAGGCGAUCUGCGAAUCGUGCGGCCCAUGUCCUAGCUAGGGAAGCCGUUUCUGUGUCAGGUCCCGGGGAGUGGUUAGAGGAACCCCCCAGUUAUCUUGUGUUGAUUGUUGCGAGUGAUUUAAUGAAUUGA